AUGGACCCCCACGGCAAUUAUUCCGCUAAUGGUUCUCUAAUCAUGGACUCGGCCAUGCCAGCUUGCUCGCAACCUCUACAACAGCAAUCCGGCGGUUUCCACAACCGUCCUAUUAACCAGCCCAUGUACAGCAAAUCGAGCGCCUCGAACCCAGCGGCUGUCAUCAAAACGCGACAAGCGAUAAACCUUGGACAGGCAAGGAUCGGCCAGUGGAUCGGCCAAUAUGGGUUCACGCACCAACGCCCACCGAGCAAUGCUCCCUCGGUAAUCUCGGCCAUCUCCAACAGCUCCGGCAUGACGAAUAUGUCCAACGUAACGGCGCUUUCCGUCAUGACCGAUUUGGACGCCCAAUUGAGUAGAAUGUUCAUCAACGAGUCAUCACAACAAGAAAACUAUAGUCCGAGGUAUUAUGCGGAAGAGAUUGCUCGGUUGCUGGUUGUGAUCAGAGAGUCGGCGAUGGCACGUCGUUGGGAUGAUCUCACAAGGUUUUGCUCUGAUCUUGUCGAUCGUCUUCAAUUCGGGCUGGCAUCUCCAGAAGUCGUGCAACAAUAUCUGACGCACCUGGUAGUCCAGAUGCACGGACUGGUUACUUGGCAGGAUACGCCCCCAAAGGUAGUUGGAAUGGCUUGCCGUGCUCUACUUCUAAUUGUCAACCGGGUCAGCUUCGGAGCCUAUGAAAUCUGGCGCUUCGAUGUUGGACUCAGAUCCAUGCUCCCCUUACGUCUUAUUCAGCUGCUAAUGCCAGGGGCCCCAGGCAUCGAUGAAUACGUUGGCCAGGUGGUGGCGCUGAUCUCGGGCAUCCUUCGCGUUGACCGGGAGACACCACAUGCAAAUCGAAUCCUGAAAUACUUUAUGAACGCUUGGAGAAAUAAGGAGACGGUCGCCUGUUUGCUCAACAUUAUCGCCAAAUUAAAACAAGAAGUGUUGGUGCAACGAAUCACGAUUAGUGUGUUCAACCAUAUCAUCACUCGUCAGGACGCGUUGCAGAGAUUUGCUUUUGAGAAGGGAGCGCUACAAAUCUUCCUGGAAAUUUUGAAGAACCCGGAGGACGAGGAAGUGCUCUUUAUUUGUGCGAGGGCACUGCGCAAAUUCAUCCAUGCAUCCGAGGGCAGUGAUGGAUACGGUAUCGCGAUCUACAGGUUGCAGGGAGUGCGAAUCUGCGCUAACCUAUUGACGCACGGGUCCACGAGAUUACUCCAAGAAAUGCUAAAGCUAAUCUGGAAUCUCGCACCCUUGAUCCCAGCCGACGAGCCAGCCGCUGAAGCAAUUGUCCAACCUGUCCUACGGCUUCUUGGCACCUCUGAUGCGGUUGUGGUCGAUUUUGUCGCCAAAAUCCUGGACGUCCUCUCAGAACAUAAAAAAUUUAAACAAAUUAUUCUCAACCACGGUGCCCCGAAUCGACCAAAAGCUAUAGACGAGCUGUUCUCAACCCUCCAAAUGGUCCAGCCACCGAUGACGCAAACAGUCGACUAUCCGGAAGCCUUGAAAAUAUUUGACAGCCAAAGGCUGGGGAUCUGCGCAACGUUGUCCCACUUACUUCACGGAGACGACCCGGAUUGCCAAGCCCAAGCCAUCGCACUGAUAUGCGAUGAAGAUGAUCAUCAGCGAUAUGCUCUUCGCUAUAACUGGAUUCUGACUGGCCACCUACAAUAUGGAAAGCGCGACCUAAAAGCUUGCAUAAUGCUGGUCUCGGUCAUUCACAGUAUCAUUGCCCAGAAGGGUGUUCCCUACCUGCUGAAAUUCGCCUUCGGAGCCUCUCCUUUGCCUUCAAUUGCCGUACUGCUCCUUGAUAUCUACCACUAUUAUACGUCACAAUACAUUCACGAGAAACAAGAGCCCAGGCAGCCUAAGCAGGGUGAGCUACUCAGCCUGCUUACGAUGCUCAACCAUCUCGUCUGGCGAUGUGCACAACAUCCUAACUAUGCGGCGGAGAUGGCGCCAGGAUUCAACAGCGUCGAGCGCUCGCAAAUCAAUCCGCAGACUCAAAUGAAUUGGGAUGAAUUGUUGACAUCAACGGGUGGUCGCCAGGUGCUGCUCGGAUGGUUCAGACUGGCUGACAAACUGAUUGAGACGACGAAAUCGACAAAGUGCUGCAACCAUACCCGGGUCUUCCUAAAUACUGUCAGCAAGGCCCAUGCAGCAUACCCAGAUUUGGCCGGAGCGGCGGAAGCACUGUUGCAUCGGUACAGCGCGAACAUCGGCCGA